AUGAAAUUACUGAAAUUACCAUGGUUGUCUCAUAUAGAAGAAUCUCGAAGCUAUGAAAUUUACACCGUGGACGUAAGUCCCGAUGGUAAACGAGUUGCAACGGGUGGCCUAGAUGGGAAAAUACGAAUAUGGUCAGUCGAUUCCAUUAAACAGAUAGUUAAAAUUCUAUCCUUGAAAGAUGAGGUUCCCAUUGACAAGGAACUGAAGAAACCUCUAGCAAGUAUGAGUAGACACACUGGUUCAGUGACCUGUUUGAAAUUUUCACCUAAUGGGAAAUAUUUAGCAAGUGGAUCUGAUGAUAGGAUAUUGCUGAUCUGGACUUUGGAUGAAGAGAGACCAAUUCAACCAAUCUUUGGAGGAGAGAGUGAAAAGGAACGUUGGGCUGUAAGGAAAAGAUUGGUAGCGCAUGACAACGAUAUUCAAGAUAUUUGUUGGGCUCCAGAUUCUAGUUUAUUAGUAUCAGUAGGUUUGGAUAGAGCAGUUAUUAUUUGGAAUGGAAUCACAUUUGAAAAACUGAAAAGAUUUGAUGUUCAUCAGUCUCAUGUGAAAGGUGUCAUUUUUGAUCCUGCAAAUAAAUAUUUCGCAACUGCAUCUGAUGAUAGAACUAUGAAAAUAUUUAGAUACCAUAAGAUUGGGGAUGCAUCAUUUACCAUUGAACAUGUUGUCACCGAGCCAUUUAAGGGAUCUCCUUUAACCACAUAUUUUCGUCGACUGUCGUGGUCCCCAGAUGGUCAACACAUUGCUGCCCCAAAUGCGACCAAUGGACCAGUGAGUUCAGUUGCAAUUAUAAACAGAGGUACUUGGGAUUCGAAUAUAAGUCUGAUUGGCCACGAUGCACCAACGGAAGUGGUUCGGUUUAAUCCAAGAUUAUUCGAAGUGAAUGAUGGAAUGACUCCUGCAAAGAGAAAACAAGAUAGUGGACCUAAUGACUCAAUGGAAUCGAUUAUUGCAACUGCAGGUCAAGAUAAAACAGUUGUUGUUUGGAGUACAACGAGGGCAAGACCUAUUUUUAUUGCUUUCGAUAUAGCAAAUAAGUCGAUUACUGAUAUGCAGUGGACACCAGAUGGAACAAUGUUAUUUUUAACCUCAUUGGAUUCAUCAAUAACAAUUUUAGUAUUUGAAGAUAAUGAACUUGGGAAAAUUAUUCCGUUGGAGAAAAAUAUUGAACAAUUACAUCGUUACGGUGUCGAUAAGGACUCCUUAGACUUUCCUGAAAGUGUGGAGCAACUUAUCUUUGAAGAAACAGUUAAUAAAUUGAAGAAACCCAAAUUGAGUUCAACAUCCAACCUUCAGUUGCAAGAAAAGAAACCUGAUUCACUGCUACCUGCAAAAUCGUCAAAGGGCUCGGAAUCACGACUUCUGACCAAUGAAACCAUUAAUAUAUUGAUACCAAAAAGGAAGAAGGAUGGCAAACCCAAUAACAAGAUUGUAAUGAAGGAUGGUAAGAAAAGAAUUGUUCCCACCCUAAUGACGACAGUUGCAACUAGCAAAUCCGAAUCCGACAUUUUAACUAAACCGACAUUAAAAAAGAAGCAGCCUUCUAAAGGAGGUUCUACACUUUUAGGAAUCUCUAGCAUCGGUUCAUCUGGAUUUGAAGAUAAACUUGGAAUAUCGUCCAUCCCAAUUCCAAGAUUAGGUAUUCAUUCAUUGAUUAUGGGUGUUAAUGAAAGAAAUAUUGACAAAUUUGCCAAGAAUGAGGAUCAAGAAAUUGAAGAAAUUGAAAUUGAAAAUAAUGAUACUACAGAUGACGAUAAUGAUAGUGAUGAACCGCUCCUAACUUUAAAUUCAAGACUCACUACCAAUAAAAUUUUAAGUGAUGAACCGACUUUCAGAUAUUUGGAGAAUUCCGGUGUUAUUCCAGAUGUUGAUACUGUGGUGUUACAAAAUGGUAAUCUAGAAAAUUUUCGUGUCCUUGAGAUUAAAAAUGGUGUCGAGAGGUCCAUUCAAUUUGACAAAGAGGCAUUAUAUGAUAAUCCUACGAAAUUGGUGGGAUAUUACCAAGGUAAGAUCUGUCUAACCGCCUUCCUUCCAGAAGUUGUUAUUACUGCAGUUGGAUCAUCCCAUUGUCAGUGCUGGUGUCUGAGUACAGCCGAAGGAUCUCUUUAUAUCAUUGGUUAUAACGGUCAGUAUAGAAGUCCAAGGAUUAGCGUUGGUCACAAGAUAAUCAAGAUGAUCAAUCGAGAGAGAUAUCUCAUAGCAUUAACUGAAAGAGGUCUUUUCUAUAUAUGGGACAUAGAGGAUUUGAAACUUGUGUCGAAGAACAUCCCCAUUUUACCAAUUUUAAACAAUAUCCCUUUCAAAGGGAACAAAGUAAGAACUUCGAGGAAAAUUCGUCGUUUUUGGAUCGAUAUGGGAACUCAAGAGCUUAUCGUGGAGUUCAAUGAUCCCGAAGGGAAAUAUCAGUGGAAAAGGGAUCUAGGAUGCUGGGUAGAGUAUCAAGAGACGGUGUGA